UCCUUGCGGGCUCGUCCUUCCAAGACUCCCUUGAACUUCACUGCUGCGUAGCAGGGACCCCAGGGUCUCCCAAUCGAAGCCUGGAAGAAGGUGCUCUACGUUGAAUCUGACCUUCCCACGACCCUAAACAAAUGGCACCGCUUAGAAAGCAGCAGUGUAGACUGCCUAGAAGCCUGGCGGUGGGCUAGGACUAGCGUGUAUAACGGGGAUAAUAAGCCUAGCGGCUGCACCAGCACAACAUCGGGGUGUCCACUGCACCUGCAAACCGCGCGCGCGCCUCAGCUUGGCCCUCUGCACCCCAGCCGUCCGCCCACCCAGGAGAGGCUGCCUGCGGGGCCGCAGUGGGGAGAGUGACGACUUCUGGCUUGAGCCUGCAGUGUGCUUUGAGAGAUCUUCCGCCAGAUCAUCUCAGCUUUGGUCCCUUGGAACCACCCACUAGCGACAGUCAUAAAUCGCAGGGCCAGAGAACUGCGGGUGAUAAAAUCUGUCGUGAUAACUGCAGAAGGCUCUGAGAUCCGAGGCGCUGCGUGACUGCGUAUCCUGAAUUCUUGCUGCCAAGAUGGGGAAACAGAACAGCAAGCUGCGCCCAGAGGUCAUGCAGGACUUGCUGGAAAGCACAGAUUUUACAGAGCACGAGAUCCAGGAAUGGUAUAAAGGCUUCUUGAGAGACUGCCCCAGUGGACAUUUGUCAAUGGAGGAGUUUAAGAAAAUUUACGGGAACUUUUUCCCUUAUGGGGAUGCUUCCAAAUUUGCAGAGCACGUCUUUCGCACCUUCGAUGCCAAUGGAGAUGGGACAAUAGACUUUAGAGAAUUUAUCAUAGCCCUGAGCGUAACGUCAAGGGGGAAGCUGGAGCAGAAGCUGAAAUGGGCCUUCAGCAUGUAUGACCUGGAUGGAAAUGGCUACAUCAGCAAGGCAGAAAUGCUCGAGAUUGUGCAGGCAAUCUAUAAGAUGGUCUCCUCUGUAAUGAAAAUGCCUGAAGAUGAGUCGACCCCAGAGAAGAGGACAGAAAAGAUCUUCCGCCAGAUGGACACCAAUAGAGACGGAAAACUCUCCCUGGAAGAGUUCAUCCGAGGGGCCAAGAGCGACCCGUCCAUAGUGCGCCUCCUGCAGUGCGACCCCAGCAGCGCCGGCCACUUCUGAGCCGGAAGCCCCACCAACUGUAGAGCUGCUUGUGUUCCCUUUGGAGUUUACUUUUUAACAAAAAAAAUUUUUUUUUUUUUGCCAAACAAUAUUGACGGUGAUGCUGUUCCUCGUGUGGUCGGAUGCACCUCCCUCCGUGCCGCCUGCAGCUUCUUUUGUCGUGGACGCUUCAUGGGAAUGUCUAGAGCCCCCCGCGCUUGUGGAGAGCAUGAACAGUGCUGCCGUGCACAGACUUUGUGGUGUUCGUUGUUCUGACGAUUUUUCAUCGUUAUUAUUAUUACUUUCCCUUUGAUUCGAAAGUCUGUGUUCUAAAACCGAAGACUGGGGGAGGCAAGAGAAGAGAAGAGAAAACAAUCCAGUCCAGUGAUUCUAUUGCAAGCUUAAGGGCCCUGUUUGGAAAACAAAAUUCCCCACCUGGGUCUGGAGUGACACAUGCCCUAGGGGUGGUGGCACCAGAUGCUCGAUUGCCCAGGGACCAGGAAUCCUCCAGGGCCAGGCUAUUAAAGGGGCCUGGGGGAUUCCCGCCUGGAGGCCCACCCCAUCCUCUUCGCCAGCAGGCUUUAGUUUCUAAGCUGUGAACAUUUCAAGGUAAAUUCAUAGAGGAGAGGAAAAAGAUGGCUCAGCUGUUUCUUCCCAGGUUUACACUAGUUGAGCUAAGAUGAGUUUCUCUGGAAAUUAAACACGAAUGGUAAUUUGUAUUUCAAAGCCAGACCCAUCUUGUUGCCUAUUGUAGUUUAAAAAAAAAAAAAAAGAUCGCUGUAUAUAAAAUACUGGGUAUUACAGACGAAAUUAAGUGUUUUGCCUUGUUUAAAUGAAAUGCAUGUUUAGUGAGCACUAAUACAAUCUUAUUACAGGAGACUGUUUUUAGUAGCUUGUUGUGAAGUAAGCCAGCUAUAAUGAAUGUCUAUGUCUUAUUUUAAAGUCAUAUCCGUCUUUGCACAAAUGCACCAAUCAACAGGUAUAUUUUAUAUAUUCCAGAAAAGUACAAAGUAACCAUGACCAGGGCCCAACCUUAAUUUUGAAUGCUUUUCCAGUGGUAGUGCCUAGGCAAUAGAAGUGGGGCAAGUUUGAGUGGGAUGUGUCAACUGGAGCACCAGAAGGUUCAGAUUUAUUAGAGAUGUGGGUUUGCCCACCCAGCCCAGCAGGCCGUUGACAGUCCUGGAUCAGAGGUGCGGUGCUUUUCUGAGCAGAUAAUAUUCUGUAGCUGUUCCCACCCCCACCCCA